GUCACUAUCCAUAAAGUUGAAGGCUAAGGCAAUCGCUUCAAAUUCAAAUUGUUUAUCUCCACAAAAUAAGAGUCAAUGGAAGAUAACUAAGAAGGAUCAGCGGUUGCACAAGUUAGUUUUUGAGGAAAAUGGAUUGCCUGAUGGAACUGAAGUAGCUUAUUAUGCACGCGGACAGAAAUUGCUUGAAGGCUUCAAAAAGGGCUCUGGAAUUGUUUGUAGAUGCUGCAACACUGAGAAUGUGCAUCUCUAUCAAGUAUUCCACGUGGUGACUGGUACUGUCAAUUUUGCCAAAACAUGUUCCAGAGGGAAAAAUUUGUGGCCUACAAUGUCAAUGCUUGGGCUGCUGGAAGGGUUGAAGGAGUUGAUCCUAUUGAACAGAUCUCCAAGAGAUGCAUCCGCAUAGUCAAAGACAUUGACGCUGAGCUUAGUGGGUGUGCUUUAUGCAGGGGUGUUGACUUCAGCAGAUCUGGCUUUGGUCCACGCACGAUAAUACUCUGUGAUCAGGUAUGCACUCUAGUAUUGAUGUCCCUACCAAAGGCCUCUCUGAGAUGGAGGCUUCUUAAUGGAAAAACCGCUUCUCCUGAAACUAGACCAUUGCUUUUGGAGGCUGUCUCUAUCUUUCAUGAAUGCUUCGAUCCUAUUGUAGACGCAGCUAGCAGACGUGACCUUAUUCCAGCAAUGGUUUAUGGAAAGAAUGUGCGGGGUCAGGAGUUUGGAGGAAUGUAUUGUGCAUUACUAAUAGUCAAUUCAUCUGUGGUAUCUGCGGGCAUGCUUCGAAUCUUGGGCACUGAUAUUGCUGAACUUCCUUUAGUUGCAACAAGUAACAGUCACCAUGGGAAGGGCUACUUCCAGACACUUUUCUCCUGCAUUGAGAGGCUCUUGGCUUUCAUGAAAGUAAAGAACCUUGUGCUACCAGCUGCAGAAGAAGCACAGUCCAUAUGGACAGAUAAAUUCGGCCUUAGCAAGAUGAAACCAGAACAGCUUACCAACUACAGAAAGAACUGCAGUCAGUUUGUGAACUUCCAAGGGACAAAUAUGCUUCAUAAAAUGGUGCCUCCAUGUCGAGUCAUCAAUAAUCAACCUAACAAAUUUUUAUCUAGAAAAAGUCAGUCAUGAAAGGGAAAACCCCCUAGAUUACUUCCGUCUCUUUUCAUGUCUGAUGGUUAGGUGUAUAUAUAGACUGUUUGUUACUUGAAGCCAUCAUUGGCCCCGUUCCUGCCUAUUGUUUAAACAGUUAUGAUGCCAUGUUUUCUAUAUCAAUUAUAUAGUUUAAGAAAACACAAGUUAUAUUGAUUUUGGAUCCGAUACAGCACCACCCCCUUUUCAGCUGACGUUAUAAAACUCGGAUUCGUAAUUGGCUCGCUUGGAAUAUUGGGUCAACAGUCACUGACCGUAGUAAGUCGUUGUUGAACCUAUUAAAGGUUACUAUAUAUUAAUUUGUGUAAAAGUGGUCAUGAACACGGUAUUCAGUUCAA